AUGGUAAGUUUGGCCUUCCUUUCCUCAAACUACACUGAUCAAAUUGCUCUCCUUGCCUUCAAGUCCGCAAUCAAGUCUGACCCCAAAAAUGUGUUGGGGAGUAAUUGGACUGAAAAGGCCAAUUUCUGCGAAUGGGUUGGGGUCUCAUGUAGCCAGCGUAGGCAAAGAGUAACAGCUUUGAACCUUGGCGGGUCACAACUCGAUGGCACCAUUUCUCCUCAUAUUGGUAACCUUUCCUUCCUCACAGAACUGCAACUUAGUUAUAACCAUUUGCAUGGUCAUGUUGUUCAUGAGCUGAGUCAAUUACGUCGCUUGACUAUACUCAUAUUAGAUUUUAACAACUUACAAGGGUUGAUCCCUGCAAGUUUACACCUUUGUGAACAGCUUCGGGUCAUUUCUAUGGUAGACAAUGAUUUAACUGGUGGCAUUCCCAGAGAAUUGAGCACCUUGACCAAGCUCCAUACGCUUUUUCUCGGAGGUAACAACCUCACAGGUACAAUUCCUUCUUUCUUGGGUAACAUGUCAGCAUUAUUAGCGCUUGAUAUGGGACUAAACAAAUUUUAUGGUAGUAUUCCUCAUGAGAUAGGAAAUCUUCCCAUUCUGGAAUUCCUUAAUUUGGGUGAGAACUAUCUCACUGGAUCCAUACCUCCCUCCAUUUUCAACAUCUCAUCUUUAGCACAACUUUCUCUACUUCAAAAUAGUCUUUCUGGAAAUCUUCCGUCCAAUACUGGGCGUUGGCUUCCUAGUCUUCAAACACUCUUUCUCGCAGUUAGUGAACUCGGUGGAAACAUCCCUUUGCAUCUGUCCAAUUCUUCUCAGCUCGACAUCUUAGAUCUUGGUUUAAACAAAUUCACAGGAACAGUGCCCACAAGUCUAGGCCACUUAGAAGUACUCACUAGACUUAAUCUGCAGCAAAAUCAGCUAACUUUAGAACUGUCCACAAGUCAAGAACUUAGUUUUCUCACUUCUUUGACAAGCUUGAGAUACUUGGAGCAGUUGUACAUAAAUGAGAAUUUAUUUCAUGGCAUCUUACCAGAUUCUAUUGGAAAUUUUUCAAGUUCCCUCCAGAUUUUUUCUGCAUUUAAUUGCCAGAUAAUAGGUCCAAUUCCUGAGAGAAUUGGUUCUCUUAGAACCUUGACUUUACUUGAUUUGGAAGACAACAAUUUAAAUGGAACCAUACCAUCCACUAUUGAGGGUUUGAAAGGGUUGCAGAGGCUGUAUCUUGAUGGUAACAAGAUUGAAGGAUCCAUUCCAAAUGGGAUUUGUAGUUUGGGCAACUUGGGAGAGAUUUAUCUCGAAAACAAUAAGUUCUCUGGAUCAAUCCCUGGUUGCAUUGGAGAUGUUACUAGGCUGCAGAGAUUGAUAUUAGGUUCUAAUGCACUAAACUCCUCGAUACCAAUCAGUUUAUGGAGCCUCAACAACCUCUUGUUCUUGAAUUUAUCGUUCAAUUCUUUGAGUGGAAGCCUAGGUCCAAACAUGAGAGCACCGAAAUCCCUUGAAAGCAUAGAUUUAUCUUCCAACCAAAUCUCUGGUAUUAUUCCAAGCAGUUUGGGAACCUUUCAAAGCCUAACUUCUCUCAACUUGUCAAGAAAUUUAUUUUGGGGAUCCAUACCUGAAUCGUUUGGCAACUUGAUAACGUUGGAUUCCUCGGACCUCUCCGUCAACAAUCUAUCUGGUCCGAUACCCAAAUCUCUGGAGGCACUUUCUCAUCUCAAAUUCUUGAAUUUAUCUUACAAUAAGCUGUCUGGUGAAAUUCCAAGUGGAGGGCCUAUUGCAAACUUUACAGUGCAAUCUUUUAUGAAAAAUAAAGCGCUUUGUGUGAAAAGUGUUUUAAAGGGCAUCCCACAAAAAAAUGCACAAACUCAGAAUUCUGUUAUAGAUGCAACAGAACAUAGAUUGAUUUCAUAUCAUGAGCUUUGUUGUGCUACAAAUGACUUUUGUGAAGCUAGCUUGAUUGGAAUAGGAGGUUUUGGCUCAGUAUACAAAGGAACACUUUCUGACGGAACAAACAUUGCUGUAAAAAUUUUAAAUUUACAACUUGAGGGAGCUUUUAGAAGUUUUGAAGCAGAAUGCAGUGUGUUGCGAACAGUUAGACAUAGGAAUCUUGUGAAGGUCAUAAGUACAUGUUCCAACCCUGAGUUAAGAGCAUUGGUGCUGGAAUACAUGCCUAAUGGAAGCCUUGAGAAGUGGUUGUAUUCUCACAAUUACUGCUUAAAUCUCCUUCAAAGAGUUAGCAUCAUGCAUGAUGUUGCAUUGGCUUUGGAAUAUCUUCAUCAGAGUCAAUCAGUGCCAGUUGUUCAUUGUGAUUUGAAACCUAGUAAUGUCCUUUUAGACGAAGACAUGGUCGCGCAUGUGGGUGAUUUUGGCAUUGCAAAGUUUUUAAUGGAAAACAAGAUUGAAACACAAACCAAGACUUUAGGUACAAUUGGCUACAUUGCGCCAGAGUAUGGUUCUGAAGGUAGAGUGUCUACUAAAGGUGAUAUAUACAGCUAUGGAAUAAUGUUGUUGGAGACAUUCAUAAGAAAGAAACCAACAAAUGAAAUGUUUACUGGCGAGUUAAGUCUAAGAGAAUGGGUGAAAGCUUCACUUUCUUCCAAUAUAAUGGAAAUCGUGGAUGGCAAUUUAUUGACGGCAGGAGAUCAAGAAAUAAUUGCGUUAGAGGGUAUUUUUACUGUCAUCAUGAAAUUAGGCUUGGAGUGUUGCAAAGAAUUGCCGGAAGAGAGAAGUGACACAAAAGAAUUGGCGAAUAAGCUGAACAAAAUUAAACUGCAACUGCUUAGCAACCCAUGUCACUGA